GCCACGAAAAGUGCACGUUCCACUUCGACAUGGAGCUGGACCACAAACCCCCGACGCGCGAGGACAUGAUCCCCGAGCUGGCCGCCAGCUAUCGCUCCCUCCUGAAGGACCUCGGCGAGGACCCGAGUCGCGAAGGACUCCUCAAGACGCCCGAGAGGGCAGCCAAGGCUAUGCUCUUCUUCACCAAAGGAUACGACCAGACCAUCGACGACGUGAUGAACGGCGCUGUGUUCGAGGAGGACCACGAUGACCUCGUCAUCGUGAAGGACAUCGAGAUGUUCUCCACGUGCGAGCACCACCUGGUUCCCUUCUGGGGCAAGGUGUCGGUCGGUUACCUGCCAAACAAGAAGGUCCUCGGCUUGUCCAAGGUCGCUAGAAUUGUGGAAAUCUUUAGCCGACGACUUCAAGUGCAAGAGAGGCUAACGAAGCAGAUUGCGCUGGCGAUCGUCGAGGCCAUUCAGCCCACUGGCGUUGGUGUGGUGGUGGAGGGAACCCACAUGUGUAUGGUGAUGAGAGGCGUCCAGAAAAUCAACUCGAAGACGACCACCUCCACCAUGCUCGGGGUCUUCAGGGACGACCCCAAGACCCGCGAAGAGUUCCUCACCCUCGUCAAGUAGGUUCCUGGAAUAGCCUGGCAUAGGCCUAUCGACGCGGCCGUCAGGAAGCGCGUCAGAAUCGGAGGCGAAUAUCAAGAGGUAGAAGAGGAGUAAACUUUUUUUUUUCUAUUAUUAUUAUUAUUUAGGAAUUGGGAUAACGGAGUUUGUGGAUUACAAAGGAGAGAGACAGAGAGAAAUGACUCGGAAUUGGGAGUAAAAUCGGUGGAUGAUACGGGUGAUAGGCGUCCAGGCUAGGGGAGGUGGAUUCAACCAACUGUGGAAUUAAUAUUGUCACGUUCAUUUACAUUUUUAAAAAUU